AUGAUUGAUGGUCAUGUAGAGUUUACAUUCGAUCUAGGCACGGGAACAGCAUCAUUAAGGAGUCCAUGGACAGUUUCUUUAGGGGAAUGGCAUAGACUAUGGAUAUCGCGAACAGGAAAAUUAGCAGUUAUGCGUGUGGACAAUCAACCAGAAGUUCAAGUAUUGUCACCGGAAGCAUUUACACAGCUGUCAUUACCGUUAAGUAUGUAUAUCGGAGGUGUACCCGAUUUCGACACAGUACCGGCGCAAAUCAAGGUUCGGACGUCGUUCAAAGGCUGCAUACAAAAAGUGACCAUCAACGAAAAACCGUUGCAAAUCGUCCGUGGAGCCCUGUCUGGGGCGAACGUAGCCAACUGCCCCCACCCUUGCGUGGCCAAACCGUGUGGCGACGACGUACAGUGCGUACCGAUUUUCGACAAGUACAAGUGCGUGUGCGACAGACGGUGCAACUCAUCGGACGGCGAUCAGGUGUCGUUCGAUGGAACGUCUUUCGUGCAUUAUACCGGCCACGAGGUGCAACAGAGGAUCACUGACGGACAUUUGGAUAUAAAUAUGCGCUUCAGGACUACUGCACUCACCGGACUCAUACUGUGGACCGGGCGGUCAGACAGAUCAGCUGACUUUUUAGCUUUGGGAUUACAAGACGGUCGUAUUGAAGUUGCUUACGAUUUAGGGAGUGGUGAAACGGUACUUAGAUAUAAUACCACUGGAUUACCUAUAAAUGAUGGACACUGGCACAGAAUGAAAUUUACUAGGGAUGAGAGAUUGAGCGCUUUGACUAUAGAUAAUGGUACAAAAAUGAUAACGAUUUCGACAGGGCGACUAAAACAGCUCAAUACGAAUACAGGAUUGUAUUUAGGAGGAACGGAAGACGUGGAGAAGUCUACGGGAAAGAGAUACAGAAAAGGAUUCGUCGGUUGCAUUUCGGACUUUAUCCUGAACACGGACUACCAAGUGAAACUGUCUUGGUCCACCGGCAAAGAACGUGUUUGCAUAUCAUAG